CCAGAAAGCAUUUUUAUUGUUUGCAUCAUACUAUAUAAUCAACUGUCUGUAAUUACCUGGCUUAGUAAGUGAUUAUUUUACUCCAGAGGGGAAAAAAACUGUCAGAUUCUCACACCACAAUGGCAGAUUCACAGCAAAUAAAAGAUGGACCAAAGAAACAAGAAUGCUGCAAAAAAGAACAUGCAGGAAAAGGAGACACUGAAGAAACCCUGGAACCUAAUCAAUAUCACAAGAUAAGGAGUCUGGCUAUCACAGAUAUGAAGGCUAAUGGGGAAAACCCAUACCCACAUAAAUUCAGUGUGAGCGUCUCUCUUUCAGAGUUCCUGGAGACUUACAAAGACUUAAAGCCUGGUGAUCAUUUUAAUGACAUAAUCACUUCUGUGGCAGGAAGAAUUCAUGCCAAAAGGAGUUCUGGAGCUAAGCUGGUCUUUUUUGAUAUCAGGGCAGAAGGUGUCAAACUACAAGUCAUGGCUACUUCAAAUACUUACAAAUCAGAAGAGCUUUUCACAGCAAUGAUUGAAAAGGUGCGAAGAGGAGAUGUCAUAGGAGUUGUGGGAAGUCCAGGAAAAACCAGAGUUGGAGAACUUAGCAUCAUGGCCAAAGAAAUAACCCUGUUGUCACCCUGUCUGCAUAUGCUACCACACCUCCACUAUGGACUCAAAGAUCAGGAAACUCGGUAUCGGCAACGCUACCUUGACUUGAUCAUGAAUGAUUAUGUCCGAGAGAAAUUCAUUAUAAGGGCUAAGAUAAUCGAUUACAUAAGAAAUUUCCUGAAUAAGCUUGGCUUCCUUGAGGUUGAAACUCCGAUGAUGAACAUGAUCCCUGGGGGAGCUGCUGCCAGACCAUUUGUUACACACCACAACGAACUACAAAUGGACCUUUUCAUGAGGAUUGCUCCAGAGCUUUUCCUCAAGAUGCUUGUGGUAGGAGGUAUUGAUCGCGUCUAUGAACUAGGUCGUCAGUUCAGAAAUGAAGGCAUUGAUCUGACACACAACCCAGAAUUCAGCACUUGUGAAUUCUACAUGGCCUAUGCAGAUUACAACGAUCUUAUGGAAAUAACAGAAACACUGCUUUCAGGUAUGGUCAAACAUAUCAAAGGAGACAACAAGAUCACAUACCACCCCGAUGGACCAGAAGGGAAGGCAGUUGAGAUUGACUUCACACCUCCAUUUAGGAGAAUAAACAUGAUGAAGGAGCUUGAGAAAGUCCUGGGUGUCAAGCUGCCAGCUGCUGAAACUCUUGAUACAGAAGAAUCUCGUGCUGCACUUGAAAAAAUAUGCAGAGAGAAAGGAGUUGAAUGCACCUCACCAAGGACGGCAGCAAGACUUCUUGAUAAGCUGGUUGGCGAGUUUCUUGAAGUUACUUGCACAAAUCCAACCUUCAUCUGUGACCAUCCACAAAUUAUGUGUCCUUUGGCCAAGUGGCACCGCUCACAGAAAGGACUAACAGAACGCUUUGAACUCUUUGUCAUGAAGAAAGAGGUUUGCAAUGCUUACACUGAAUUGAACGAUCCAGUUGUGCAGAGAGAGCUAUUCGAGGAUCAAGCCAAGGCAAAGGCUGCAGGGGAUGACGAAGCCAUGCUUAUUGAUGAAAAUUUCUGUGUAGCUCUGGAAUAUGGCCUUCCGCCUACUGCUGGAUGGGGAAUGGGGAUUGAUCGUCUUGCAAUGUUUCUCACAGACAGUAACAACAUAAAGGAGGUACUACUGUUUCCUGCCAUGAAACCUGAUGACAGAAAAACACAAUCAGGCAAAGAAUGUGAUCCAUCACCUGUCCAUGAAGAAUAAGCAAUACUUUAUUUACAUCACCAGUUUCAUUUAUACUUGAUUUUUAAACUGUUUUAUUUGUCUCUGCUAAAGGCCUAUUAUUUUGUGUGUGUGUCUGUAUAACAAAGAACUUUCCAAAAAUAAUUAAAAAAUUGUUUCCUACAAAAUGUUUUAGUUCAGUGUUUCUGUAUGCCUUACUGGGGCUACAGGAUUAUUUGUAUAAGUGGUGGUAUGGAAAAGCUAAAUGACAGAGGUCAUCUGAAUACAUAUAUCAAGUCUUUAUAAAAUCAAUGGUAAACUUUUGGUUUAAUUGCUGUCUUCUUCUUAGAACCAUUUUAUAAGUAUAAUUCACCACUCCACAGCACAUUUUGAUUUUUUAUACACAGCUCAGGAAUAUAAAGACAAAUAGUUGUGCAUUAGCCACUCCUUGGUGUAUGCAGUAAGUAAAUAGUAAUGCAUAACAGGGAGGAUAUUACUGGGAUAUAAUGGCCCACCUGGAGGUACGAUGAGACAAGAGAAACAUCUUAACCUCUGGAAGGUUAUUUCUGAAUAAUGUUUACUGGGUGGAGUAUUACUGCAGUUAUAAAAUGGCUUAAUUCAUCUUUUACCAUACUUGAGUAAAUUAUAUAAUGAUUAAGCACACAUUUGCGAAUACUGGAAUGUAUCACUGUGAAAUGUUUUACUCUGUUGUCUGGUGUUGCACUAGUGAUACAAUUCCUGUUUAUUUUCACACAGCAGUGGCUGAUUACUGGAAGAUUUGCCUGUAAAUAUUCUUUUUUCUGUUUUUGAUGUUAUUUUUUUAUUUUUUUUUAUUCCACACAACUAAAGGAUGCUGCACAUUUGUUGUACUGGUUUCGUAGCCCAUGAAGUAAAGAAAUAAUGUGAGUUAUGCAAGGUGCUAUUUCAAAAAAGAAGAGUAAAAGCAUAAGAAAUAUUUAUAAGCAAGCACCGUAACUGCUUUUAGA